CUCGCGCGCAGUGGUAAGUUCUGUAUGUAAACCUCCUCCCCCCAAAGUCCCAAACCCAUAAAAAAAAAAAAAUAUAUCCAAAAAAAUGGCCGGUGGCGGAAGACAGUACCCGCUCAAAACCACCACCAGAUCUCCGAUCUUCAUAUUCACUCUGGCUUUCCUUGCUUUAUUCUUACUCUACUUCAUCUUCUCCUCGCAUUCUUCUCAGCCGCCCGUGCCCCUUACAAUCCACCCCUCUCAGAACCCUACCACCUUCAACCUCCCAAAGGCCGAUUACUCCUUCGUUGUCUCCCUCGAGAAAUUCCUCACCACCAAGUCUCCCCCACCUCCGGAACCGGACGAUACCGACCUUCAAGACGUUAGUAACCUAGACGAUUCCGUAUGGAUCGCUGAGACUAGAAGGCUUUACGACCAUCCUUCUCCUCCUCCGCCUCUCAGGGUCUAUGUCUACCAAAUGCCAUCCCGAUUCACUUACGAUUUGCUCUGGCUCUUUCGCAAUACUUACAGAGACACUUCCAACCUCACUUCUAACGGCAGUCCCGUGCACCGCUUGAUCGAGCAGCAUUCGAUUGACUACUGGCUUUGGGCGGAUUUGAUUGCGCCACAGUCUGAGAGGCUGUUGAGGAAUGUAGUAGUGAGGGUCCACAGGCAGGAGGAAGCCGACCUUUUCUACAUUCCCUUUUUUACUACCAUUAGCUUCUUCUUGUUGGAGAAACAGCAUUGCAAAGCUCUCUAUAGGGAAGCUUUGAAGUGGGUGACUGAUCAGCCUGCAUGGAAGCGCUCUGAGGGAAGAGAUCACAUUCUUCCAGUACACCAUCCUUGGUCCUUUAAGUCUGUCCGCAGAUAUAUGAAAAAUGCUAUUUGGCUGCUGCCAGAUAUGGACUCAACCGGGAACUGGUACAAGCCUGGACAAGUUUAUCUCGAAAAAGAUCUCAUACUUCCUUAUGUACCCAAUGUUGAUUUUUGUGACUCCAAAUGCUUCUCUGAAACUCAGUCAAAAAGGACUACAUUGCUGUUUUUUCGUGGGAGGCUUAAAAGAAAUGCUGGUGGUAAGAUACGUGCCAAACUUGUCACAGAACUCAGCAGCGCUGAAGGCGUAGUUAUAGAGGAAGGAACAGCUGGAGAGGGUGGGAAAGCAGCAGCACAGAGCGGCAUGCGGAAGUCUGUAUAUUGCUUGAGUCCUGCUGGUGAUACUCCAUCAUCUGCUAGAUUGUUUGAUGCAAUUGUCAGUGGGUGCAUUCCUGUCAUAGUUAGUGAUGAACUGGAGCUUCCAUUUGAAGGAAUUCUUGAUUACCGCAAGAUAGCUUUGCUCGUUUCCUCGGCCGAUGCCUUGCAGCCAGGAUGGCUUAUAAGUUUUCUUAGAAGUAUUAGCCCCUCUCAAGUUCGGGAGUUCCAAAGUAAUUUAGCUAAGUACUCGAGGCACUUUUUAUAUUCCCAUCCAGCUCAACCACUUGGCGCAGAAGACUUGGCUUGGAGAAUGGAUGUUGAUAUUUUUUGGAGAAUUGAGGGCAUGGCUCUUGGUAUUGGUAAUGGUGGUGGUAGGCGAGAUUUUGUUAAUGUUGAGAUCAUACCGGCUAUGGGGUUUGAAGAGUGGGGUGUGGUUGAUUGUCAAAAGAAUGUUGGGGUUUGGCAAGCACUAAGGCUGUAAUGCCUGGAAUAACGGAAUUGCUUGGAUUUUGGAUUGAAAUUGGAGUGUUUGCUUGACUGAUUUGUUAAUACUCUGAGCUGAGUGAAAGGGUGGAAAGAAGAUCGCGGGCAAGUUAGUGAAUAUCAAGCUUCAUAUCCGGAGAUCCCAGCGUGUGGUGAAAGAUUCUAGAAGUCUGUGUACUUGUGAAUGCAGGCGUCCCAAUAUUACCAUGCCAAGUUCCUUGGCUUGAUGAAGCAACAGGUUAUUCUGUUUGGCUUUAAUUUUGCUCCGCAGUUUUGAAGGUUCGAGAUGUACACAAGUAUCAUGGGUUAAUUGUGGCAAAGUCCGAACUUGUGAAGUUUAGAAGUGUAAGGGAAAGAAAUUGUUCCCGAAAUUCGGGGACAUUAAAUUAAACAGAUGAUGAACUGGUUGUCCACUUUCAGUUCUUUUUUUUUUUGUUGCCUUUUAAAAGCUUUAUUAUCCUCCUUUGUAGGUUUAGACUUUUGUUUUAAGCAAUUCGUUCUUCUC